ACUUGCACACAAAAAACCUCCUUAAAAGAAAAGUGAUUUUUUUUUUCAUUCUUCAUAAUUGAAAACGUUAGUGGAAAACAAAGCACAAAAGAAAUUAAGCUCUGAAAAUGAGAACUUCACAUUUCUUCAACAAAUUUCUACCUUGGACUAUUUUUUAUAUACUACCUGUAGCUAUGUUUCUUCUAUACUUUUACCAUCUAACCCUUUCUGCAUCUCCAAAAACUGAAUUUUCUCAUUCCAAGCCCAAAAACUUCAUUUCUUAUUCUUCUCUUUCUGCUGAUACAGUAAAGAGAAAAGCUUAUGAAAACCAAUGUGAUUACUUCAAGGGUGAAUGGAUCAAAGACAGUGCAGGACCUUUAUACAAUGAUACAACAUGUGGUAUGAUAAAAGAAGGAAGAAAUUGCAUAAAACAUGGAAGACCUGACACUGACUAUCUUUAUUGGAGAUGGAAACCAAACCAAUGCAAUCUUCCAAGGUUUGAUCCCAACACUUUUCUCAAACUCAUCAAAAACAAACACAUAGCUUUUGUUGGUGACUCAUUGGCAAGAAACCAAUUAGAGUCCCUUCUUUGUAUGUUAUCAACUUCUUCAAUUCCCAAUCUUGUGUACCAAAAUGGAAAAGACAAUGAAUUCUCAAAAUGGUACUUUUCUUCACAUAAUGCAAGUGUUUCUUUGUAUUGGUCUCCAUUUUUAGUCCAAGGUAUUGAAAAAUCAAGCACAAGACCAAAUAAUGAGUUAUAUUUGGAUCAUGUUGAUGAGAAAUGGGCAAAGGACAUAAAUCAAAUGGAUAUGAUUGUUUUAUCAAUUGGUCAUUGGUUUUUGCUUCCUGCUAUUUACCAUGAGGGUGGUUCAAUUUUAGGGUGUCAUUAUUGUCAAGGUUUUAAUUACACUGAAAUUGGGUUUUAUGGUGUUUUAGGGAAGGCUGUAAGGACUAGCCUUAAUAGUAUAAUUGAUAUGAGAGGAAAUAAUAAUAAUGUUAAGGGUAAAAAUGGAAUUGAUGUGAUUGUGACAACAUUUGCACCACAUCAUUUUGAAGGUGAUUGGGAUAAGGCUGGUGCUUGUCCUAAGACUGAGCCUUAUAAGAAUGGAGAGAAGGAAGUUGACGGAAUGAGUAGUGAUAUGAGAAAGGUUGAGAUUGAAGAAGUGGAAAGUGCUAAGGUGAAAGGUAUUAUUAGGUUGGAAGCACUUGACGUAACUAAAUUGGCAUUCUUGAGACCAGAUGGUCAUCCAGGUCCUUAUAUGAAUUAUUUUCCAUUUGCUAAAGGAGUUGGAAAAUUUGUUCAAAAUGAUUGUGUUCAUUGGUGUCUGCCUGGACCUAUUGAUACAUGGAAUGAGAUAUUUUUAGAGAUCAUGAAGAAGUGGGAGGGUCAGAACAAAAGUUAAGUAUUUAUCAAAUAAUGUUAAUUUAUACUUUAUUGUUUGCAGCACAUGUGAUUAAUAUUGCCUCAGAGAUGAGAGUUUUAGUUUAAGGUUAGGUAUCAAAAGGAAAUAUUUAAAUUGAUAUUGAUAAGAGUAGUAUUUUUUCAUUUUGUUUUAAAGUAAAUUUUUUGUGGUUUGUACAAAAAAUUAGAGCAUUGUCCACCUGAGUAACUACCACAUGGUAUCACUAAAUUUUUCAUGCUUUAAA